GCAUAGUCAAACAAAUCUUAAAAUAUCCACCCCAGAGUAUAUAAUCACCUUCCUCCCUUCGGCACCAACCCCUAGAACCUUUUCCUCGGAACCUCUGCCCCCCAAGAACCGAUCGACCACCAUGAUCCAACUAAAAGACCUUCCCCCUCCCCCACCAUAUUCAGAAACGCAACCUUCCUCCUACUCAGAUACCCCUUACGAUGAGGAAGCCACCUUUGAGUCAACCGAGCCCCGAGGGUUAGAAUUUGAUCCACGCAAUACUAUCCGCCCCGACGGCACCCAGCGUUGGUGGUCACGCAACGUCAAGCGCCAAAUCUUUUGCUUGUUCUGUGUCGUCCUGGUGAUAGCGGUGACGCCAUAUGUGGUUCUUACUAUUUUGAUGAGCCAGUGGAGGUUCUAGCUCCUGUGAACAUGUCCUUCCCGAUGUUUUGAAAUCCCCAGGAGGUGCUGGGCGGGGAUUUGGGAGAGCUGUGAUACGUUACAGGCUUAUGGUCGACUUGUGACAGGUCAUGGAUUUCUUUCUGUGGUCGCAUUUUAUGGAGUUUGACGUCCGCAGGGAGAAUCGCGAGACACUCGAUGAUAGGGGAUGGAUUCAUACUGUUAGCGGUAUUUCAACACCGUUCUCACCCAUUGCUGUCGGUUUUCUUUCGGUGUUUUGCGGCCCCAAUCACCCCGCGACAGGGUUAAGAGAGAGGCAAUUCGGAUGACAAGGAUUACCAAGAGCAAACCAGCGCGAAGAGGUCAACCUGAAGACGGCCAAAUAAAACUUCAUCAAACAAUUCAUCGACCGGCAGUAUAAUAUAGAAAAUGGAGGAAAGCACAAGAGGUGGGUGAAAGAAGUUCGGAUCUAAUGCAACAUUUCGAGUAGUCAAAUUGUUGACUUUGUCACAUGCGGCGUAUGCUAGAUCUAAACGUGGAGGAAACGGCCAACUUCUGAUCACUUGACAGGAAUUUAAGGUUAAACUGUGUCCGAAGUGACUGGGAUCAUUCCUGAGAAAAUUUUGAUAAUUAUGAUAUCGAGUCGUAAAGGGCCCUUAUAUAUGCACAAUAUGAUACAAAUCCUUAUGUUUG